GGUCCUGACGUUUCUUUCUUACAGAACACAGUUAGCAUGUGUAGCUGUGUUAGCAUGUCAGCUGAGUGUAAAUAAGGACAGAAACACAGUUUAGUUUGUGUGUGUUCUCUUUGACUCGAUCUGUAGAAAAUGUCCAGAUUUCAGGAUCUUAAACAUUUAUUCAAACUGCGGCUCGCGAGCAUCUGAUUGGAUAUUUCGAGACAAAUAUCCGGAUAUGAAAAGCAGCUCGAGCCCCACCGAAAACUGCUGUAUGUGGUUUUAAAGCCCGACAUGGAGCUGCAGAGAGAAGCAGACGUCCAGCAGCUGCUGCUGGUCAAAGAAGAGGUUCCCCCUGAGCAGCAGGAGUGGAGCUCCAGUCCGGACCAGGAGGACCCAGAGCCCCCCCCACACAUUAAAGAGGAACAGGAGGAACUCUGGAGCAGUCAGGAGGGAGAGCAGCUUCAAGGGCUGGAGGAGGCUGAUAUCACCAAGUUCACAUUCACUCCUGUCCCUGUGAAGAGUGAAGAUGAUGAAGAGAAACCUCAGUCCUCACAGCUUCAUCAAAGACAAACUGAACACAUGGAAACAGGAGCUGAUGGAGAGGACUGUGGAGGACCAGAACCAGCCAGGAACUCAGAUCCAGAGACACAUUUACAGCCAGAUACUGAGAACAAGACUGGAGACUCUUCUGACACUGAUGAAAUGACUUCGGAUUCUUCUGAAACUGCGACUGAAAAAGACUGGAAUGGACCUGAUGGAAAACCAUUUCGCUGCUCUGUGUGUAAAAAAACAUUCAAACACAGGGGAAAUCUGAAUAUACACAUGAGAACUCACACAGGAGUGAAACCUUUUAGUUGCUCUUUGUGUAGUAAAAGGUUCACUCAGAAAGCCGGUCUGGACUACCACUUGAAAACUCACACAGGAGAGAAACCGUUUAGUUGCUCACUUUGUGGUAAAACAUUUCGACACAAAGGAGCUGUAACGUACCACAUGGCGACCCACACGGGAGUGAAACCCUUCAGCUGCAGUGUUUGUAACAAGAGAUUUAGGGCGACGUCACAGCUCAAAGUUCAUAAGUGUGUUGGCGAUUACAGAAGCCAAAGUGAUAAACCCAAUAAACCACUGAGCUGCUCUGAAUGUGACGCAACAUUUCCCAACAAUUACCUUCUGGUGACCCACAUGAGGAUGCAUAAAGGAAAGAAACUGUUUACUUGCUCCAUUUGUGGUCAAAAACGUCAGUUCAGCUCACAUCUAGACAUACAUAUGAGAACCCACACAGGAGAGAAACCGUACAGCUGCUCUGUGUGUGGGAAAAGAUUUUCUCAAAGAGGAAUUAUGUCUCAACACAUGGCAGUCCACUCGGGGGUGAAACCAUUCAGCUGCAGUGUCUGUGGCAGAAGGUUCUUUUGGCAUUUUCAGAUCAAAAAACACAAGUGUCUCGGAGAGUCCUCGCAGCAGAGAAGAACCGGCUUCAAUGGAGAGGACUGCGGAGCAGCAGAAGCAGCCGGCUCGGAUCCAGAGAGACAUUUAUACCCAGAGACUAAUACAGAGACGGAACCGUCUCCUGACAGUGUUGACAUUGAGUUUUGGAAAGACACCAGGCAACAUCAGUCCGGGUUCACUUAUCGGAGGAAUAAAAAAGUAUCUGUAAAUAAUGGAUAUAAUACCGACAAGAUUCCAGUCAGCUGCUCUGAUGAGCCGGCUCAAGCUGAACCCAACACUGACGAAGGAGACUUUUCCAAACACACCCGGCAACCUCAAUCAGGUCCAAAUCAGCUGAAAACUGAGGAAGUCUCCGUCAGUGAUACAGGAUGUAAAUCUGAGAGGAAAACGUUCAGCUCCUCUGAAUGUCAUGAAGGAUCUGAAGACAGUCGCACUCUGCUGACACACAGACAGUCUCCCACAGGAGAGAAACCAUUUAGUUGCUUAUUCUGUGGAAAAGGAUUUGCAACUGGAGGAAAUCUGACGAGACACACAUCUGUCCAUAUAGGAGAGAAACCGCUCGGCUGCAUCGUUUGUAAGAAAAGAUUCACUUUAGAGUCGCAGCUCAUGAGCCACGAGUGUGUUAGUGAGUCCUCGCGGCUUCACGCUGCCAACAAGUUGAUUGGCAGCUCUCAGUGUGGGAAAGGAUUUAACCGAAAACACCAGCUGCAGGUUCCCAUGAGAAUUCAAACCGGACUGAAACCAUUUGGUUGCUCACUAUGUGGUAAAACCUUUGCCAAUCAUGAAAGCUUAAGUUCUCACAUGACAUGUCACUCAGGGGAGAAACCCUUCCGCUGCUCUGUGUGCAACUCAGGCUUCAGUGACAGCGAGGCUUUACUCAAACACAUGAGGAUCCACACGAGACAGACACAGUUCAGUUGCACAAUUUGUGGUAAAGAAUUUGCAUGGAGAAGAUAUCUGACUAAACAUAUGGAGGUCCACACAAAGGGGAAAACCUACAGCUGCAGAUACUGUGACAAACAUUUCACCUGGCAUUAUCUGUUGGAAUAUCAUAAAUGUGUUGGUCAGUCCUCAGAGCUUCAUCAGAGACAAACUGAACACAUGGAAACAGGAGCUGAUGGAGAGGACUGUGGACGACCAGAACCAGCCAGGAACUCAGAUCCAGAGACACAUUUACACCCAGAUACUGAGGACAAGACUGGAGACCCUUCUGACACUGACACUGAGGACAGUGACAUCAGUGAUUUUUGGAUAGAGAGCAGUUUGUCGAGUUUAACUUCUCUGAAACAUGAUGAAGUCUGUCAGAGUGGUGAAACAUUUAACAACAAUCACCUACAAGAGGAAGAGUUCACAGAAGGAGGAAGUCUGAACCAGCACACGGCAAAGCAGGAGGACUCAGAGCCCCCCCCACACAUUAAAGAGGAACAGGAGGAACUCUGGAGCAGUCAGGAGGGAGAGCAGCUUCAAGGGCUGAAGGAGGCUGAUAUCACCAAGUUCAGAUUCACUCCUGUCCCUGUGAAGAGUGAAGAUGAUGAAGAGAAACCUCAGUCCUCACAGCUUCAUCAAAGAGGAACUGAACACAUGGAAACAGGAGCUGACGGAGAGGACUGUGGAGGACCAGAACCAGCCAGGAACUCAGAUCCAGAGAUGCAUUUACACCAAGACACUGAGGAUAGUGUCGAUAGUGAUUUCUGGAAGGAAACCAGAAGACGUCCGCUGUAUGAUGAAAUCUCUGAGAGUAUUAUGGGAUGUGAUUCUGGAAUCAAUAACAUGAGUUUUCCUGAGUGUCCUGAAGCUGAGAGUGACGACAGUGAUUUCUGGAAAGAUGACAGGAAACCUCAAUCGGGUCUCAACUCUUUGUUUGACAGCGAAGCUGCUGAAAGUGAAACGACAUGUAACACAUUCAGGAAACCGUACAGCUGCCCCGACUGUGGGAAAAGGUUUCUGCACCACGCCAACAUGAAGAACCACAUGAAGUUUCAUACGGGAGAGAAGGUGUUCCUUUGUUCUGUGUGUGGUUUAAAAUGUCUUUACAAGUCCCACCUGGAGAUACACAUGAGAACUCACACCAGAGAGAAACCGUUCCCAUGCCCUGUGUGCGGGAAAAGAUAUGCACAUAAGGCAAGUAUGCAAUCUCACAUGGCCGUCCACACUGUGGAGAAACAGUACAGCUGCAGCGUCUGUGACAAAGGCUUCGCUUGGUAUUCAGAGCUGAAAUAUCAUGAGUGUGUGGGGGAGUCCUCACAGGAACAGACUUACCGAGGAGAAACCAUGUAGCUGCACCACAGCGAAAUCUGAACACAGAUGAAGAUUCACUCUGGUGCUGCUGAGAGCAGCAACAGGAAGUCGAGUUAGUUCUAUUAUUUAUUAAUUUAGUCUUCGAAUGUCUUGUUGUCCAAAACCCAGAGAGACUGUUUACUGUCAUGUGACAAAACAAAGCAGCUUCGUCACAUCUGAGAAGCUACAAAUAUUUAUCAUUAUAUUAUUAUGUUUAUACAGUUUCUGUUGAUCCACUGAUUUAUUGACUAAUCAUUGAGCUAUAGUUCAGUAAUUUAAUAGAUGAUGUGAUCCUGUUUUUGUUUUCAAUUGAGGAAUUUAAACCAAGUUUAUUAGGAGUAGUAUUGUUUUUUGUAAGAAAUUAUUUUCCUUCUUUGAAUAUUGACACCGUGAACUUUCCUCACACUUCCUGUCUGUUUUUCUUUGUAAUUUAUGAAUGAAUGAAUCACUUGUCAUGUAUUCAUCACGGUGGAGCUCAUUAAACUACAGAAGAAGAUUCAGGGUGAAACUCAA